AUGUCCGCCUCGCACAUGUUCCGACGCGCGACCUCUUCUUACCCAACACCAGACGUAUCCGGCCCUACGCCCUUGCAAGCCUGGAUAGAUGUCUACAAUACCGUCAAAGCUUCGGGCUUGAUUCCAGCAGAUAUCGAGCCUACUACGCUCGAGAACGGUGCACCCGUUUAUGCAGAUGGCUCAGGGUCAACAACGGCCGUCUGUUCAUGGACUCAGAAUGGCUGCUUGGCCGCGGACGACAUUGUCGAUGCGCCAGAUGGUAUGAUAGGUAUCGCUUUUGACGAUGGACCUCAGCCGCCGUCAUCUGCGCUCUAUACCUUUCUCGCGGCGCAAUCGCAGAAAGCGACACACUUCAUGAUCGGAUCUCGAAUUAUAGACAACAGCGCACUGUUCCAGACAGCUGUGGCUAACGGGGACGAGAUCGCCAGCCAUACGUGGUCACAUCCCUACUGCACUUCGAUGACCGAUAUGCAGCUGCUCGGCGAAUUGGGUUGGACAAGUCAGCUCAUAUUUGAUAUGACGGGUCGAUUGCCUGCUCUCUUUCGACCGCCGUACGGCGACACAGACAAUCGCGUGCGAGCGAUCGCUAGGCAUGUCUUCAAUCUGACGACAGUCAUCUGGAAUCACGACACGGACGACUGGAGUUCGGCCGUCUCUGCAUCAGAGUUAGCGACAGAGCUCACUACCUGGAUCGCUCUGCCAAAAUCGCCAGGCUUGAUCAUGCUUGAGCACGAGCUCUCCAACAAAAGCGUCACGGGUUUCAUCGAUGCUUAUCCCCAGAUGAAGUCAGCAGGCUGGCAGACUCGACCAAUAUCGAGUCUCUUCGGCUUGCCAUUCUAUCAGAACAGCAUCAAUGAUACCUCGGCUACAACAACAGAACCCAUCGCGGACGGUUUGAUCAGCAGCACCCAAGUUGCCAGCACGAGCAUCCAAGCUGCUACUUCGGCAGCUUCGUUCACGACGUCUACUCGUCCCACGAGUACGCCCGCGAGCACAAGCAAGACGUCAUCGGACGAAGCAAACAGCAGUGCAAGCCACGCGCACGUAGCCACGAGCGCAAUCGUUGGUAUCGCUCUCGGCGCAGCAGCAUUGCUUGCGUUACUGCUCAUCAUGGCCGCCCUGUACAAAAGGCGGCGAGCAGGCUCAAGGUCGGCGCAGCGUCAGAGGCUGCUGCAAGACCGGGCGGGCAGAGAAGAGCGCGAUGCUGCUUUCAGCCCGACGACAGCAGCUUCUUCCAUGCGCGAAGCAGGCUAUCGCGAUUCACGCUUUGAUUCACCUGCCAUCUUGGUACAGCAUGUUGGCUGA